AUGGCUGUCGAACGGGUCACCUCGCUGCUCAAGCACAUCACCCCCGGCUCCUCCCUGAGCCACAUCACCUCCAAGAACCCCGAUGACAUUGUCAUCACCUGCGCCAUCCGGACGCCCCUCGCCAAGGGCAUGAAGGGCGGCUUCAAGGACACCUCGGUCGAGUACCUCAUCAUGGCCAUCCUCGAGGCCACCCGCGAGCGCAUGGGUUUCUCCCCGGACCUCAUCGAGGACAUCACCAUUGGCAACGUCUCCGACUCCAAGGCCGCCUACAAGGCCCGUGCCGCCGCCCUCGCCGCGGGCUUCCCCAACACCGCCGGCGCCAACAGCGUCAACCGCUUCUGCGCCUCCGGCCUCAAGGCCGUGGCCGACAUCGCCCACAGCAUCGCCAACGGCUCCAUCGAGAUCGGCAUCGCCGGCGGUGUCGAGUCGAUGACGAUCGGCGGCGACCGCCUCGACCAGCCCUUUGACGAGGCCGUGACCGCCAAGUCCCAGGAGGCGCAGGACUGCAUGCAGCCCAUGGGCUGGACGAGCGAGAACGUCGGCCGCGACUUCAACCUCACCCGCGAGCAGAUUGACGUGUACAGCGCCGAGAGCUUCCGCCGCGCCGAGGCCGCCCAGAAGGCCGGCUGGUCCGAGGACGAGAUUGCGCCCAUCACCACCAAGGUCAAGGGCCCCGACGGCGAGUUCAAGGAGGUCACGCUCACCCGCGACGAGGGCAUCCGGCCCGGCACCACGGCCGAGGGCCUCGGCAAGAUCCGCGCCGCCUUCCCGCAGUGGGGCAACAUCACCACCGGCGGCAACGCCAGCCAGGUCACCGACGGCGCCGCCGCCGUGGUGCUCAUGAAGCGCUCGCGCGCCCUCCAGCUCGGCGUGCCCAUCAUGGCCAAGUACGUCGGCACCACCGUGGCCGGCCUUGCGCCCCGGAUCAUGGGCAUCGGCCCCACUGUCGCCAUCCCCAAGCUGCUCAACAAGUACGGCCUCACGCUCGCCGACAUUGACGUUGUCGAGGUCAACGAGGCUUUCGCCACCAUGGCCGUCUACACCCGCGACUUCCUCAAGAUCCCCCACGAGAAGAUGAACCCCCGCGGCGGCGCCAUCGCGCUCGGCCACCCCCUCGGUGCCACGGGCACGCGCCAGAUCGUCACGGGCCUGAGUGAGCUGCGCCGCACCAAGAAGAAGAUCCUGCUCACCAGCAUGUGCAUCGGUACUGGCCAGGGCAUGGCUGGCCUGUUUGUCAACGAGCAGUUGUAA